AUGACAUUCCACCCUGUGCGCGCAGCCCCCACCGACGUUCUACUCAUUUCGCGCACAUUCUAUGGAGUGGUUCGACGACGCGGAGUGCAAUCUGACCUCAAGCACUUCCCCUUCACCGUGUUCAGCAAGGCCGGCAAGCCCUACAUCCGAGUCGAGUAUCGAGGGGAGGAGAAAGAAUUCUCCCCUGAAGAGAUUUCUUCUAUGGUGCUCCUCAAGAUGAAGGAGACGGCCGAAGCGUAUCUCGGCGGCACCAUCACGAACGCGGUCGUCACGGUCCCGGCCUACUUCAACGAUUCCCAGCGCCAGGCGACAAAGGACGCCGGCACGAUCUCGGGAAUGAACGUCCUUCGCAUCAUCAACGAACCUACCGCCGCGGCUAUCGCCUACGGCCUCGACAAGAAGGUCGCUGCGGAACGCAACGUCCUCAUCUUCGACCUCGGCGGAGGAACGUUCGACGUGUCGCUCCUCACCAUCGAGGACGGUGUCUUUGAGGUCAAGGCUACUGCCGGAGACACGCACUUGGGUGGCGAGGACUUUGACAACCGUCUGGUCGACCACUUUGUGCAGGAGUUCAAACGCAAGAACAAGAAAGAUCUUUCGACCAAUUUGCGUGCAAUCCGUCGCCUGCGCACGGCCUGCGAGCGGGCCAAGCGCACGCUGUCUUCCGCCGCACAGACUACGAUCGAGAUCGACUCGCUCUUUGAGGGCAUCGACUUCUACACGUCUCUCACGCGGGCCCGUUUCGAGGAGCUCUGCGGCGACCUCUUCCGGUCGACUCUGGAUCCUGUGGAGAAGGUCCUGCGCGACUCGAAGAUCGACAAGGCGAACGUGCACGAAAUCGUGCUUGUGGGCGGGUCGACGCGGAUUCCACGGGUGGUCAAGCUCGUGUCCGACUUCUUCAACGGCAAGGAGCCCAACAAGAGCAUCAACCCCGAUGAGGCGGUCGCGUACGGCGCAGCCGUCCAGGCCGCGAUUCUCUCCGGCGACACGUCCGAGAAGACGCAGGACGUGCUGCUGCUCGAUGUCACCCCGCUCUCGCUCGGCAUCGAGACGGCCGGCGGAGUGAUGACGCCGCUGAUCACAAGGAACAGCGUGGUCCCGGCGAAGAAGACGCAGGUGUUCUCGACGUACGCCGACAACCAGCCCGGAGUGUUGAUCCAGGUGUUCGAGGGCGAGCGUGCGCAGACGAAGGACAACAACCUGCUCGGCAAGUUCGAGCUUUCGGGCAUCCCUCCGGCUCCUCGUGGUGUUCCGCAGGUCGAGGUCACGUUCGACAUCGAUGCGAACGGGAUUGUCAAUGUCUCUGCGUCGGACAAGACGACGGGCAAGUCGAGCCGCAUCACGAUCACCAACGACAAGGGCCGUUUGUCGCAGGAGGAAAUCAAUCGCAUGGUAAACGAGGCUGAAAAGUACAAAGCUGAGGACGAAGCCGUUGCUUCCCGUGUCGCGGCCAAGAACGGGCUCGAAUCCUACGCUUACAACCUCCGAAACUCGAUCAACGACGAGAAUCUCGCAAACAAGUUCCAGCCCGGCGAAAAGGCGAAGCUCGAGGCUGCUGUCAACGAAGCUAUUUCGUGGCUUGAUGCAUCGCAGGAGGGCUCCAAGGAGGAGUAUGAGGAGAAGCAGAAGGAGCUGGAGGCCGUUGCCAAUCCUAUCAUGCAGAAGCUAUAUGGUGGUGCUGGGGCCCCUGGGGCUGCUCCAUCGGGUCAAGCUUCAGGCGAGGAACCGAGUGUCGAGGAGGUUGACUAAAGACGGCUAUGCGGACUUGCUCUGUCACGAAGAUGUGUUAUAUCCCGUCUCGCGUCCUUGCCGCUGUCUUAUACCACGUAUUAUUAUGCCUCCGCUGUAUUCUCUUUCGCGUAAUCAUUCCAAUUGUAUUCAGUAUUCAUUCUAAUCCUUUUGGCUCGUGAGGAUCCUGCCAAAUUCCACACUCAUUCCUUAGUUCAU